CUACCGGUAUCUAUCUAGUAUUAGCUCCGAACAUUAAAAGUACAAGUACAAGUCUAGUGAAGUAGGCUAUGGGGAAGCCAUGCCUAUACACCAAGCACCCCCUCCCCCUGUUACAUGUGGGUGUGGCAACAGCAGCAUGCAUGCAUUGUAGGCCCCUACAUCCCUAUGCAUCAUGUUACAUCACAUUUGCAUGACAACAAGAGACGAGAGAGAGGCUAGAGCAACAGCCAACACGGCAAACAGCAGAGUGAGAGUGGAAGAUGAGCAGACAGCUUUUUACAUUGACAUUUUCGGCGCUUUCAUCUGCAAAUUCUGGCAAAUCUUCAUGGUUGGCCUGACUACUGAGUAGUCGUUGUUGAUGUGAUAGUUUCCAAGAAACUGAUGUUAUCAGUAUUUAACCAGAUCAUGGACAAGUAUGACGAUAGUGUUGUGAACUUGGAGUUGGAGGGUACAAUGAAGACAGAGCCAGCCGAUCUACUGACUUCAUCAAGCAUGAGUGAGCCAGUGGUGAUGAGUCCUGAUUUAAUCAUUGACUCAAACAUUUCUUGUCAACAAGUCAAUUCUGAUUUUGGGCACCUCAUUAAAGCAGAGACAAGCCUGGUUUCCGAAUCAAGUGAGACUUUAUCUAAUGCAAAUGAAAAAUCUGCUUUACCUGUGGAAAGUGAGGUGCCACAAUGUGAUAUAGUAAAUGUCAUACAUGUAAUACCGAUAGCAAAUAAAACUGUUGGGUCGCAUGGACAUGGAGGUCUGAAUGAGGAAAGAAACCUUGUCAUAGUGUCAAGUGAGACCAUGCAUGAAAAUGCAAGUGAAACAUUUGGUCAACUUGUUGGAAACACUGGUUUAGGAUGUAACAUUAUGUCCCUUCCAGAGUCUUGUAGUUCUGUCUCUGGCAUGCAGUUACAAAUUAAAUCUGAGCCUGACGAUGAAUGCAUAGUUGAGAAAUCAACAUUUGAUCUAAAUUGUGAAUCUGCCAGCAAUGAUGCCCAAGCAACAGAGUCUGCUAUUGCUGAAAUGAUGGAAGCUGACAACUGCUUGUUACCUCAUGAAUUAAAUCUUCAAAUCAACAAGGUGUGUGUAUCCAGGCCAACUGAAAGUCAACAUGUAGAUGUUGGACUGUUUGAAGUUGAAGUUGACGAUUUGUUGCAUCCACUACCGAGUGCAGGGAUAGAAACUAAUGAGGAAACUGACAAGAACUCCGCUGAUGACAAACAGAUGAAAGCUCGCAGUAGACGUGAUCCAUCGACUGUUGGGCAAUCUGCAAAGCAAUGUACCAAGCAGUCUGCUAAGCAAUCUACCAAGCUAUCUGCGAAGCAAUCUGCCAAGCAGUCUGCCAAGCGAUUAGCCAAGCGAUCAACCAAUAAAAAUGGUGGCAAGGCCGCAAAACAAGUUUCAUCUCGGAACCAGAUUGGCAAUAAAGGAUUGACAGAUCAAACGGCACUUGGGUCCCAAGGGAGUCUGGGACAACCAGACAAGGUCAUCAGUACAAGAGGACAGCAGAAAGCAGAGGGUGUUUCUUCAAAGAGACCUCUAGGAUCAAACAAGACCUGUAGGAAGGAAUCGACAGGUCUUACACCCCGGCACGAGUCUUGUGAUGGUCCGUCGCAGUUGGCGACAUCAGGUAACAAGAAGAAAAAGGAACGUCUGUCCCCAGAUGGUCCUUUACAAUUGGAUGCUGGAAAAAGUAACCAGGAGCAAGACCAGCAUCACAGAUGUAACCAGUGUGAUGAAUCAUUUGAACUGCGGUGUCACCUUGUUUGGCAUAACCGUUUGCAUCACGCUAAAAAAUCUUUUUUCUGCGACCAGUGCGCAAAGACAUUUUCACGAGGGCAUCUCCUCUUGGAACAUAAGCGUAUUCAUGAAGGAAAUGGACAAUUUGUCUGCCCCGAAUGCAACAAGGCAUUUACUAACAACUGGCAUCUUCAGCAUCACAAGUUAUCACAUUCGGACGAGAGGCCAUUCGAGUGUGACGAAUGCUCGCUUACCUUCAAAUGCAAGUUUACUCUCAAGACACAUAAAGCAAUCCACUCGGGAGCGUCUCGGCCUUUUCAGUGUGAAUUAUGUGGUCGUAAAUUCUUGCGGCUUGGUCAUCUGCAGGAACACCAGCGGGUUCACACUGGAGAAAAGCCCUUCGAGUGUGAGGAGUGUGGCCGUCGUUUCUCAAAGAAAAAUCAUCUCACCAGCCACAGACAUGUUCAUUCUGAUGCAAAACCUUUCAAAUGUGGAAUAUGUGAGAAGAUCUUUGGUGUCCAGAGGAACCUGACUGUCCAUAUGCGUGUCCACACUGGCGAAAGACCACAUAAGUGUGAUUUUGAAUCCUGUACGAAAGCAUUUACAUCCAGCAGUGAUCUGAGGCGACAUAAAAGGUCCCACACUGGUGAAAGACCAUAUGGGUGUGUCCGCUGUGGCAAAACAUUCAGACAAAGCUCCAGGAUCAAGCAACAUAAAUGCUUAGGAGUAAAACAGGAGCAAGCCUUGAAUUUGAUAAGUAGAUCUUAAAUAGUCCUCGAAAAAAGACCAAUACUGUGAUUAUGUUUUCUCUAGGAGAUCUCCGACCUGGACCAACAGUCUUGCAAUGGAAUUUGUGCGAAGGCAAGCACAAUGUAAAGUACAUGUCCUUCCUUGUCAAAGAAGACCUAUGAGACCUAUGUGGUACAUGUAGCAUUUGGGAAUUUAAUCAUUUGCCAAAGUUCAUUGUAGAAAUCAUGGUUCUUGCACUGAGCCACUGAUCAGAGGAGUAGUGUUUGCAGUAAUCGCAAAUUUGAUGAAAUUAUUACUUGUACAAUAAUGUAUGUAGUAAUGAUGACCGAGUAUGUACUAUUAUGAAAUAUGUAAUAUUGGUCAUGUAAAGGUGAUAAAUAAACAAUUGUU